AAUCUAGGGUUUCGAUCGCAGCAAAUCAACGGGCAAUCGCGGUUUCCUCACGUGAUUGGGCGUCAAGCCUCCACAGUUCCAUUCGCGGUGUCCUCAAACCCAAGCACACUCUGCACAUCUCUGUUGUAGCACACACAUGAAGCUGCCCCUUCAUCAAUCCAAACGUAAAGUGUAAGCCCUCGGCGAUCUCUCCGCCUACAAGUCCACACUUCCACCAUCGUUGUACCCACCUCUCAAAUCUGAAACCUGGCAGCAAAAGAACCCACAACUCCAAUCGGACAUUCAAAGAGAAUGCGAGCAUGGAUGAUCCACAAGCUGCUGCGACGCGACUCAGAGGCAGCAGCAGCUUUGCCACACUCGCAAAUGCCUCGACAUUCGAGAGAGAGAUGGAAGCAUGUCGUGAGACAAGCACAGGACGCGGAGAAUGGAGGAUGUGAUGCAAGCGGCAAAUUGUUUUGGACUCAGUGGGGGGUUGUUGCAUACAACGCCGCCGUGCUCGCGGUCUGGCAGCAUUAAGCUUCGGAAGACUGCGAUCGGUUGCAAUGCUGGCGGUUAUAUUGUAGACGCGGAAGGGACCGUUGGGGGAUGUCGCCAAAUAAGGGCCACUCUGGCAGAUGUUGGAUCUAAGAGAGGUCUAGAUAGGGAGCUUGUGGGCGGGGCAUGAGGGGGGUUUUACGGUUUCCCGCUCGAAAUCGUGGCUUCGUCAGACUCCAUCUGUGGGAAUGCCGACCCUGCUUCGACCAUAUUUUGCCGCCAGACCCUUCGCUUUGGUUUUUUGUCCAAAAGGUGGGACAAGGAUGGUCACGAUCCGAGAGAGGGAGGCAUCGGAAGGAGAGUGGCAGUAUUGAACCAGUGGAAGAAUUAAGUCAACUUAGUCAGCGAGCGUCUGUAAUGGAUUUGCUGAAGUACUUUGGUAGCUAUGGCCUUUGUGGGUUUAUUUGAGAUUGUCUUGAGACUGAAGGACGAGGUUACUUCCUUCGUUGAACGCUGUUGGCGGGUGUGUGUUGGCGCUGCGUUUGAGUUUCAAGCAUGGGUGGUAAGGAAAUGAGAAGUAGGAUCGUAGCGAUGGGUCUCAGGUGGAUUAGAGAAUCAAGGUGGCAGGUGCACUUCUGUGAGUGGUAGUUAAAAGAGAAGCAGCAGAGAGGGGUGCAGCUAUGGCAAGAAGGAAAACUACCCCUGUACAUGGCAACCACCGAGCUUCUACUAGCUCUGUUGGUGGAGCUGCGGUGAGGCCCAGGAAGCCGCACCGAUGGAGACCCGGGACCAAGGCAUUGCAAGAGAUCCGCCAUUAUCAAAAGACGUGCGACCUUCUCAUCCCUCGACUACCUUUUGCCCGCUAUGUGAAGGAAAUUACGAUGAUGUACGCUAGUGAUGUUUCCCGGUGGACUGCGGAAGCUUUGACCGCUCUCCAAGAGGCCACUGAAGAUUAUAUGUGCCAUUUGUUUGAAGACACCAAUUUGUGUGCUAUCCAUGCUAAGCGAGUAACCAUAAUGCCGAAGGAUCUGCAGUUGGCCAGACGACUACGAGGUGCCAUUGUUUGAAGUAUGAGGAUGCUUUCAUUCAUGUGAUAUAAUGUUCCAAUAGCCUCUCUUAGAUUUAAAUGUAGAAAACAUAGGUAAACCCCCCUUUUAAAUGUUCGUAGAAAAGAUAGAGUUCACAGUUGAUGACAAGAAGUAGAAUUCCAAUUCAACAAGUGCAUAGGAAUGUCAAGUUGUAUUAGCUCAGUAAAGGCCGGACUGUGAAGGAUUUUAAGCUUCGUUUUUCGAACAGGUGCUCAUUCAUUAAUGAAGCAGCACGGAAUGUCUAUCAAGGAAUUUUUCGGAGAGCCCUGUUAUCUGUCGCCCCAACCUCCGGGUUGUUUGCUUUUCUCAAGUUUCCCAGAACACGAGGCACUAAUUGCAUUAACCGUGUUCAACUGUAAA